AUGUUCCCGUUGCCGUCGUACUAUGGCUAUCCGCCGAUGGCGUUUCCGAUGCCGCCGCAAUUGAUGCAGGAGGUGAUGCGGCAUCAGCAUCAGCAGCAUCAGCAGCGGCUGCUGAUGAUAGCGCCACUUGAGGCGCCGACGCGACGAGGAGCUCGUCGUGGAGCUCGCGGUGGUGCUGGACGUGGUGUUUCGCGCGGUGGUCGCGGUAGUCGGAUGAGCGCGCGUGGCGCUGUCGCCCCGAUGCUUCCACCACCACCACCACCACCACCGUCGUUUUACGAUCUACCGGCUCCGCCACCACCCGCCGCCAAUAUGAUGGGCGGAAUGCGAUUCGAUGAUCGCGAUGCUUGCCUAAUGCUGUUGGCCGCCAAGUUGAACGAAAUGAUGAAUCCGAAGCAAGUCGAAGAGCCGUCGGAGGCGAAGAGCAAACGCAAAUCGGGCGUUGAGAGUAUCUACCAAAUUCAGCGCAAUGCACCGCCGCCGGCGCCGACGCUUCGCAUUCAUCAGCAGAUUCAGCAACACCACCACCACCAGCAGCAGCAGCAGCAGCAGCAGCAGCAACCGCAGAUUCAUGGAAGUCCGGUGGCAUCGCCAAGGCCUAGACCAAUGCUUCAGCAUUUGGGUCGAAGCAUUGUCGCCGGCACGUCGGGCCAACAGCAUCAGCAGCAUCAGCCGAUGAUGGCGCAUCCGCAGUCGGCGGCUCGGAUGAGCCAGCCGCCGCCGCCGCAGCCGCCAACGAUUCCAUCACAGGUUCAUAGUAGUUUAGGGGCGCCGGCGCGCUUCUCCGAGCAGGACGUGCCAUUGAUUGAGCAAAUUAAGCGCGAGAUGGACGAGAAAUUCAAAAAGAAUCAACAGAUGGCGGCGGCCGCGCAACAACAAGCGGCGGCCGCCGUCGAGAGCAACGUCGCGAGGCACGCGUCGGCGACGAUGGGCGCGUUUGCGGCAGCCGCCGCCGCGGCGACGCUUGUUCAACAGCAACAGCAGCAGCAGCAGCAACAGCAAGGAUUCGCGAUUCCCAACAAUCCGUUGAUGCAACAACAGCAGCAGAUGGCGGCGCGUCAGACGGCGACGGCAUCGCCGGCGUCGACGACGUCGGCUUCCGAUGAUUGUACGGUGAUCUAUGAAGGGCCGUCGAGAGCUCGAUCGAAUCGCCAGACGGCACCACCACCACCACAGCAGCAGCAGCACCACCACCACCACCACCACCAGCCACCGACUCAAUCGCAGCCGGUGGUGGUGGCGACGGCGGCACCGCCAACGAAUACCAACGCCGUCAUGGCGUUGCUUCAUCAGGCCCAAUUGCAGCAACUUCAGCAGCCGCAAGCCGCACUUCUUCAGCUCACGAAGCCGGUUGAACUUCAACCACAACCUCAACCUCAACCUCAACAACAGCAAUUCUUCCCGCCGGUGGUUCGACCGAUCGCGCGACCGGUUCCGACGACGAUCAGCUCGUUUGCGCAAUCGUCGCCGAGCACGUUUGUCAACAAGCCGCCGGUGGUGACGAUGUUGAGCACGACGGGCUCGAGCUUCUUGCCGCCGCAACAGUUGUACGCGCAAGCGCACGCGAUUCACGUCGCGCCGACACCGCCGCCGUCGUCGACGACGACGAUGACGUCGAUGACGAUGACGGCGCCGCUACCGAUUCGGACGCCGACUAGCAAUGUCGAGAUUCCCGCCACCGUUCAGCCGACGACGACGACCAUUCCCGAGCCGAUCUAUUCGGACAUGUCGGAUGAUGAUGAUGAGCUGAUGGCGGCGGCGGCACUCAAAAUCUCAUCGACACCGUCAUCUUCGAAAGGAACACCAGUGGUUGCAGCGCCGCGAAUGUUGUCGCGUCUCGAUCUCGACGAAGACAUGAACGAGCUGAUCACGAUCGGCGUCGAGACGACGCCGUCGCAUCACGUCGACUGUCUGCCGAAGGCGCCGGACAUGUCGGCGAAUCGGAAGCCGAUUCAGAUCGAGGACAUCUCCGACGACGAGGUCUAG